AAGUAACACAAGCAUAAUUAUUAUUAUUAUUAUUAUUGCCUGCCUGCCUUCAAACCAACGCCAUAUACAAAGACUGAAUUUUUUCCCAGAAACAACAAAGCAAGCUCCUUGAACAAAUUUUUACAACAUAAAAAAGAAAAUCACAUUUUUAUAUUUAUAACGCAAGCAAUAAAUCCAGUUUCUACAAUUUUGUUCCAGGUGUUAAAUUCGUGCGUGCCCACCUCGCUUUCUCCGCCCAAUUAAGCUUUAAUACCUCAAUCAAUUCAGCAGAUUUACAAUUGGAGACGCUACAGACCUAGAGAUUGCACAAACGAUGGAAGUAGAUACUUUCUCAGAUGAUAAUGACGAUCUUCCGGAGAAGAAACCAAAACGGAAGGUCAAGACACCAGCUCAGAUUGGGGGUUUAGAAAGAUUAUAUGAAGAGCACAAAUAUCCAUCAGAGUCAUUAAAAAUGCAGCUUGCUGAGUCAUUAGGGUUGACGGAGAAACAAGUUUCUGGUUGGUUUUGCCACAGAAGAUUGAAGGACAAGAAGCUGAAAGAUGAUCCCAAUGCAUAUGGCAAGCAAGACCGCUCCAGUGGCGUCAUACAGGACCGUGGCAGUGGACUCAAGCAGGAUUCUUGUGGAAGCACAAAACAAGGUGAACAGAGGCACAGUGAACCAAGGGAAGUUGAAAGUAAAAGGUUUACUGGUGAAAAAGUCCCAGGCUCACAGGACAUCACAUGUGAGCCGGUGAGUGAUCAGAUACAAAAUGACAGUGGAACGGAUGAUACAUCUUCUGGAAGUAGCUUCCCUCUUCAAAACAAUUAUUUUUCUCGAAGCACAGAGCCUCGUGGCAUGGUUACGUCAAUUGAUGUUAGUCGGAAAGGUAACAGUAAAGCAGUAGCCGUAGAGGGUUUAAAAGUCAGGACUAAGCCUUCUGGAUAUUUAAAAGUCAAGGUCCAGGCUGAGCAUGUCGCCAUUACCUCUGUCAAGAGGCAAUUAGGAAGACAUUACAAGGAGGAUGGCCCACCACUUGGUAUAGAGUUUGAUCCACUUCCACCAGGUGCUUUUGAGUCUCCAAUCAGGGAUGCAGUUGAAGAACCUGGUCUUGUUUGUGAAUCGAUUCCAUUUUCUUCACGUAAUUCUAUGACAUGCAAGCAACGUCAUCCGGGAAGGGGGUAUGGAGAUUACCUAUCCAGAGCAUCCUCCCGUAAUUCUGAUUUGGAUAUGACAAGUAUGCAAGUGAUGCAAAAGUCUAAUAGUCGUGAAAAUUACUUGGACCUGCAUGGUGAGAAGAAACCCACAUUUUCUUAUGAUAGGAAUUCUGCUGGUAAGAUGUACUCAUCUAUGGAAAUGAAUGAAGAUUUUGCAAGAGAAGCAGUACGUGACAUCAGGGAUGGCAAGGAGAUGAGGACUACACAUCAUGGAAGGAUAAAUGAGUUUGAUUUUAAUAGAAGGAUGAAGGAGUCUGCUUCUAACGACCGUGUACCUAUGUAUGGUAAAAGACUCGAUCGAAGACAAAGAGAACCCAGUGAUUUUGGGGAUGUUGGUGAGAAGUUCACCCUCACUAAAAGCUCUGAAUCCCGUCCUUCAAAUUUCCCUGUUAAGCACAACGACUUUUUUCCUUUGGAGGAAAGAAAGGCGUCUAGACAGGCAAUAAAGGAAACUGAUGCAUAUGGGAAAAAGAGACAGUUUGAUGCUUAUUAUGAUCCGGUUGAAGUAUCUGCCUUUCCAGCAAAUGAAAUAAGGCCUGCUAAUAAGCGAUCAAGGGAGGAUUUACCCAAGCAAGGAUAUGCAGCAAAACCUUUAAUGAAUGUAGUGCCUCCAUGGAAUGCACCUAGAAGGUCACUUGCAGAGGUUCCCUCUAGUUUUAGUGAAGAUGAAACUGGCGAAACGAGUACAUCUGGUGAUGAACAAUGAGUGAUGGAAGAAUUAAAGGGUUAUACAACUCAAGUUUCAAGAGAUGUUUCAAGAUUUUGUAUAGCUAAAGAUACUUCAGUUUCGAUUUAGUACCAUGGCCUUGCACAUUUUAUUCUGGCAACCUAAUUUAAACAAUCUUUUUAAAUAUAGGCUGCCUUUUUUUUCCCUUUUUGGUGGGGUGUAGAGGGGGAGGGGACUAAAUUGGUGGCCUGACCUGUCUUUGGCUAUCUGUACAGAGAUAUCCCGACAUCGUUCUGUUGAGCUAUAAGAUAUUAUAAGAUAUUUGUUUUUUA